AUGACUGAACCCAUCGCUCUCGAUUUGGGAAUCAACGAAGCGAAUCAAGCUUGGAUUUUAGGUACCUACUCGAUGUGUUUCGCUGCUACUCUCCUCUUUGCUGGUCGUCUUGCCGAUUUAUAUCCUCCACACAGGGUUUACACAGUUGGAUUUAUCGGUAUCGCCAUAUUCUACCUCAUCAUUUCAUUCAUGAAAAACCAAUAUGCUUUCUUUGUCCUUCGUGCCCUAUCCGCUCUUCUAGCCGUCCUUACCAUACCUUCUUCUAUCAACAUGAUCAUUCAAAUGUAUCCCGAGCCGGAGGAACAAGCCAAGAAACUAGGAUUAUUCGGUAUGGCAGGUGCUUUAGCCAACACUAUCGCUCUCGUCCUCGGUGGUGUCUUCCUUCUCGCUUCUUGGAGAUGGUAUUUCAGAUUCAUCACUAUCAUCAUCGCUCCUUUCGCCGCGGCUGCCUGGUUCCUCAUGCCCCGAACAUCAGCAGUUGCCGAAGACCUUCCAGGUUCAGAAAAAUGGAAACGAAUGGAUUUAGUCGGUGUCAGUCUUCUUAUCGCUAUCCUCGUUCUUUUCAUCUUAGGAUUUACCCAAGCUCCUAUAGAAGGAUGGAAGAGUGCGAUAUUCAUCGCUCCUUUGGUCAUUUCUAUAGUACUCCUUCCCGUUUUCCUUUUCUGGGAAAAAUGGGUCAAGAGAGGUUAUUCUUUAUUACCUCACGACCUUUGGCAAUAUCCCAACAUUCUUCCUUUGGUCAUUCAAGCAUCAGGUAUUUUCAUGUGGUUCGCUACUGGUCAAUUACGUAUCGCCACGUAUUUCCAACUCGCACUUCAUAAUUCUGCCAUUCUCACCGCUGUCAAAUUACUUCCUAUGGGUUUAACAGCUCUCGUCGUCGGCGUUCUCACUCAAGUUUUCCCUUUCCUCAUUACCAAACCUCGUUUCAUUCAACCUAUAGCAUCUGCCUUAUGCUUUUGCGGAAGUAUGCUUUGGGCUUUCAGUGGUGGUGGUGCUGGUGACAAUUAUUGGAAAUACAUGUUCACCGGACAGAUUAUUGGAACUGCAGGAGGAAUGAUCGUCUUCAUCGGUAUGAACACUCUUAUCAUCCAGGCCUUCCCUAUCGAAUUUGCCGGAGUCGGUGGUUCAUUCGCCAACGUCAUCUUUCAAGUUGGCGCUGUCAUCGGUAUCGCCGUCCAAGCCGGUUUGCUCGGUACUGGUGACGGUACCAUCCAAGAUUGGACAGGUAGCAAAAACUCUUAUUUCUUCACAUCGGCUUACAUCAUGCUCACCGGUCUAAUAUUCGUUUUGUGGUAUCGUCCGGAGAAGAUGCCUCAUCAUGAGGGACCUGUCGUUGCUGCAUAG